GUGGAUUGAAGCAUCAUGUUUAGAUUUCAAUCGUUUUGGUAUUAACUAUGGAAACAAAGAAUGGAACAAAAAUUUACCGAAUUGUUUUAUUUACGAAAAAAGAAGAAGAAUGGAACCAAAAAAAAGAAAAGAAAAGAAGAAACCAUUACAAUAAGAUAGUGUUCGAGUUCCGUACCAAAAAACAGAAAAGUGAAAAAAAAAAAAAUCUCUAACCACCUUUUUCCUCAGACUUGGUUCUCUCUCCCUCCAAUCAACUUAUAUAUAUAGACCACCACUUUGCUCAAAACUUCAACUCAUUCGACUCCUCUUGAGAAGCCUGUUAGCAUCUAUUUGUCAUAUUCUGUUUUUUGUGUCACAAACCGCAUGGAGAGUCUAACUCCGAAAUUUGGGAAAUACAUCACAAUUCUUAGCAUUGAUGGAGGAGGAAUUAGGGGAAUCAUCCCUGCAAAGAUCCUCGAGAAGCUGGAGGAACAACUUCAGGAGCUGGAUGGUCCGGAGGCAAGGCUCGCGGAUUACUUUGAUGUGAUUGCGGGAACAAGUACUGGUGGUCUUGUAACCGCCAUGUUAGCUGCACCAAAUAAACAAAACCGACCUUUAUAUGCAGCGAAGGAUAUAGUGCCAUUUUAUGUAGAGAACUGCCCUAAAAUUUUCCCACAACCAUGGCGUGGUUUUGAAUGGAUUCAGCAGGCAAAGAAUAUGAUUAAUCCUAAAUAUGAUGGUAAGAAGCUUCGCGAACUGGUAGAAGAAAAGUUGGACGACACACAGUUGCGACAGACCUUGACUAACGUUGUUAUUCCAACCUUCGACAUCUACGAGCUCGAUGCUACUAUCUUUAGCUCAUUCCAGGAGAAUAACAAAGCGAUGAUGAAUGCCAAACUAGCAGAUGUAUGCAUCGGCACCUCAGCAGCGCCAGCUUUCUUGCCUGCACAUAAAUUUACCGUCCAAGAUGAUAAAACAGGGUUAAAGAAAACAUUUAACCUCAUCGACGGUGGUGUGGCUGCUAAUAACCCGACAUUGGUUGCUAUUAGCGAGGUGACCAAAGAGGUGCGCAGGAAGAAUCCAAUGUUCGGGGAGACUAUGGAUCCAAUGGACUAUGGGCAUUAUCUUGUGAUCUCAUUAGGGACAGGCACAAAGCUGAAUGAACAUAAAUUCGAUGCUGAUGAGGUUGCCAAGUGGGGGCUUUCGCAGUGGAUAACAAACACUAGUGCGUUUACAGAUAUUUUUUUUGAAGCUGGUGCGGAUGUGGUUGAUUACCACAAUUCUGUGGUUUUUGGGGCUCUUGAGAGGAGCGACAACUACCUCAGGAUCCAAGAGGACGAACUAACGGGUGAUUUAGCUACUAUGGAUAAAGCUACACCAAAGAAUCUGGAUGCACUUGUGAAAGUUGGCGAAAAUUUGCUGAAGAAACAGUCUAAAUGGGCGCCUCUGCGUAGAAGAUCUUACACCAAUGAGCAGGCACUGCGAGAGUUUGCGCAAAAACUUUCAGAGGAAAAGAAACUCCGAGUCAAAACGUUCAAAAAGUUGCUCAAUAUAGAUCAAGAGAAAUAAAACGUGUUCAAAGUUGCUGCUAUAUAUAUUGAAUCUUCUAAAUAAAUAAAUCUUUGUACGUACUAGAAUACGUACACUCUUUGUUUGUUUGUUUGUUGGAUUUGCCUAUUCUCUCGGGUCGUGAGAGGCUUGUGUGUGCGCGUUUAUAUGUAAGCAUGUGUAAUGGUGUACGUUUGCUUCCCUCACUCAUAUCUGUUUUUUAUGGGAUGUGUGGUAUUAUUGGAAAUAAAAUAAUAUGUUAUGGGUUA